AGCGGCGUAAGCGGAGAGAUGUUCAAGGAAGGGGCGAGGUGUGGAAGGCACUUUUUUCUUUUCUUUUUUCUUUUUUUUUGUAGUAGCAUUCAAAGUGGCUUUCGUCGGCGGCGAACAACAACAGUCACCUCCCUUCACCUUCCUGAUCUCGGACUUGACACGACUGAUCAGCAUCCUCCUGUUCACUCUUCAAGCAGUCGCCAGCAUCAUGAUCUCCAUCAAGCUUGCACGCCACGGUCUCAAAAAUACACCAUUCUACCAUAUUGUGGUGCUUCAGAGCCGCUCCAGGCCCACAAGGAAACCCAUUGAGCAGCUCGGCACAUUCAACCCGCUUCCAGACAAGAACGGUACCAAGGCGGUUACCCUCGACUUUGAACGUGCAAAGUACUGGAUCAGCGUUGGCGCAAAGCCAAGCGACACUGUCUCCCGUAUUCUAGCCAAGGCUGAUAUUAUCCCCCCAAAGCCAAGACCAGGAAUGCCCAACCCUGCACCUUCGACUCCCGUCAAAAUCUCCCCAGCUCCUGCUGCACCCACCACCCCAUCUGCAUAAUUCCAUUCUAGAGCCCUCCUUCUCCCCCGCCUCGCUUUUGCUUCUUUUCGUUCUUCACAUGUAUUAAAGCCAACUUUUCAUCAGCAGGAAAUCUGCAGGGAGUGUUCGUUAAGUAUUAAACAGGACCUGAGAGCGGUCAACGCGCAGCAGCAACAGGAGCAAGAACAGGAGUGCAGGCAAUCUGGAUUGAAAGGCGGCAAUGGAGAGCGCGUGCAAUGCACACGAAAGUAUUUAUACGUGCAAGAGUGCACUGUGCAUGAGCGCUAUUAUACAUCAACUCAGGAAUGCAAUCGAGGACCUCGGUUCGGGAGCCAACGGAGAGAGCAUUAGGAAAGAAGAAAGAGAAAUAAGGAUCCUUCUGCGGCAGAAAUAAGGAUGGAUG